AUGGGCUCCAUCAACCACAACGACUCUGAAGUGCAGGACGUCAUCAUCGUUGGCGCCGGUAUCUCGGGCAUCAACGCCGCCUACCGUCUCAACGAUGAGCUGCCUGACAAGAAAUACUUGAUCUUCGAAAACCGUGACAACCUCGGUGGCACAUGGGAUCUGUUCAAGUACCCUGGUAUCCGUUCCGACUCGGAUCUCCACACGUUCGGCUACGCCUUCAAGGAGUGGACCGGUGCCGACAUUGCAGAGGGUAAAGAGAUCCUCGCCUACCUCAAAAAGGUCGCUGACGAGCACGGCAUCUCGGAGAGGAUCCGUUUCAAGACCAAGGUGGUCAGCGCCGACUGGUCCACAGAGGAGCGAACCUGGUUUGUCACCGUCGACCAGAACGGCGAGCAGAAAACCUACCGCACUCGCUUCCUCUACACUUGCACCGGUUACUACGACUACGAGUCUGCGCUCAAGGCUGACAUCCCCGGCAUUCACAACUUCAAGGGUAAGGUGGUGCACCCGCAGUUCUGGGACCUCAAGGAGGAUGAUUACCGUGGCAAGCGUGUCGCUGUCAUUGGAUCUGGUGCGACUGCCAUCACCCUCAUCCCUUCAAUGGCCAAUGUGACCAAGGACAUUACGCUGGUCCAGCGUUCUCCCACCUACAUUCUCUCGCUCGAGAAGUACGAUCCUAUUGCCAAAGUCAUCCGCGCAGUUCUGCCACGCAAGAUGGCCGCCUUUGUGAUUCGCCAGAAGAACAUUGCUCGUAUCUAUGCUUCCUACCACAUCUUCCGCACCUUCCCCGGCGUGGCCAAGCGCAUCCUCGGCAGGCUCACCGCGAUGCAGUUGCCCAAGGAUAUUCCGCUGGACCCGCACUUCAAGCCCAAGUACAACCCGUGGGACCAGCGCUUGUGCAUCUGCCCCGACGGCGACUUCUACAAGACGCUGCGCGAGGGCAAGGCACACGUCGCCACGGGCCACAUUGACCAGGUGACCAACAACGAGAUCAUCCUCAAAAACGGCGAGCGCAUCCCAUGUGACAUUAUCAUCACUGCCACGGGUCUCAAGCUGCACGUAGGCGGUCACAUUGAGACGACGGUGGACAAGCAGCAUGUCCGCGCCAACGAACGUUUUGUUUGGAAGGGGUGUAUGAUCGAAGGUGUGCCCAACUACGCCCUGUCAAUCGGUUACACCAAUGCCUCAUGGACGCUCGGCUCAGACUGCACGGCGCAGUAUGUCGUCAGGCUCAUCAAGCACAUGGACAAGUACCACAAGUCGAUGGCGGUGCCCAAGCCAUCCAACCGCGAACAGCUGACCGAGGGCCCGCUGCUCGACUUGACUUCGACGUACGUCAAGGAGGCUGAGAAGGAUUUGCCCAAGGCGGCGACCACCGGUCCCUGGAGGAUGCGCACCAACUACUGGUACGAUUUGGUCCAGGCCAAGUACGGUUCUUAUGACGAUAUUGUCUUCAAGUAG